CCAGAAGGCGCCGUUCUGGAUCAUGAAUGGUAACGUGGAGUACAAAUGCCACCUGUAUAAGAAAAAGAUCGAAGUGUGCGGUACGUGCGGCGGAGUCGGACAUCGAACCGACGUGUGUCCGCGGCCGAAAGAGCAUCGGUGCAAGAAUUGCAACGCUCUAAACCCGACAGAUGGCCACCCGUGUUCGCCGUCGUGCGGCAUCAGCGGCAAUAGGCUAACCCCAUGGGUGACACACGGUGCAAGCAGCGUUUCAAGACGCCGUGCAUCCCGCAGUGGGAGAAGAAGAAGGAACAAGAGGAGAGUACGUUCAAGGAUAAGGACUUCCCGCCGUUUCCCAAAAGACGGUUGCGGUCACGGAGCCGAGCCUCCGUGCGGUCGACCUCGCGGCAGCGGUCCGGCUCCAGGAAGGGGACCAGCUCCCGACAGCGGGUCAUCUGGGCCGGGGUGACCGACCACAACGCCUCGGUCAAGAAGAGCAAGGAGGCCCAGACGCAAAACGCCAAGUUCGACAAGAUCCUCGUCAUGAUGCGACAACUAAAAAAAAUAAGGCUCUAUGACCAAGAGGGAGAAUAUACCGAAUUGUUGACGGGGGUCGACAGACUGGUCACGUACCGAGACAUCCGCGAUUAUUACGCUGGCGAAAGGACGCGCUACCCUACGGCGCAUCCCUCGCUGGACAAGAGACAAGCGGUAGCGUGGUGGCGACUACAGACAGGCACCUACCCCAGCCCUGCCCAGCUCAGCCGAUGACAUCCGUAUCGCUACAAGGGAGACUGCCAGCUAUGCGGUGCAAGAGCGACUCCGCCACAUGGUAUGGGAAUGCAGCCGGCUCGACCGUAAAGCCCAACCGCUACGAAAAAAGAUCACCAACCAAGAGAACUGGGCAGCUAUUCGCCGCUGGAGUCCAAGGGAUUCUGGCCGCCGCCUAAGGUGUGGUUGUAAGGGGACUCCUAGAUCUAUUUCCGACCAAUCGCUUAGUCUUUCUGGGCGCAAUUAAAGGUUGUCUACUACUACGCAUCCACUUGCUCGAUGGUAACCGACUCUAAAAAAACAUCAUGCUUGAGUUCCUUGUUACGCGGCCAAAUAAAAGGCAGCAGGCGCAGUCAGCCCUUGCAAUUUAUG